AUGGGCCGCGGACCGUACUUCGGGUUGAGGGGCGGCUGGCUCACCUUCUGGGUGACCGUUGCCUGCGCCACGGACAUGACACUGUUCGGCUACGACCAGGGAGUAUUUGGCGGCGUCAUUGUCACCCCAGAUUUCCUCAAUCUCAUGGGAAUCGCGGACAGUCCGAAGUUGCAAAGUACCGUGACGGCUAUCUAUGACAUUGGUUGUUUCUUCGGAGCUAUCUCUACUAUCUGGAUCGGCGAAAGGCUGGGCAGGAAGAACACGAUUCUUACAGGGACGACCAUCAUGAGCAUCGGCGCUGUUCUGCAAGUCGCGGCCUUCGGUCUACCUCAGAUGUUCGUUGGCCGCAUCAUCGCUGGCAUCGGGAAUGGCAUAAACACUUCAACCGCUCCGGUUUGGCAGGGUGAGACUUCCCAAGCUAGUUGGCGAGGAAAGCUUGUUGUCAUUGAGAUGAUCAUGAAUAUUGCAGGUUUCUCAUUGAGCAACUGGGUCACGUUUGGGAUGUCUUACGUCCCGGGCUCUGUGGCCUGGCGAUUCCCUCUCGCCCUACAAUUCCUUUUCAUCUUCAUCUUGUUCGCGACUGUCCCUUGGCUCCCCGAAAGUCCACGCUGGCUUAUCGCCGAGGGAAGGGUCCAGGAGGCCGACGUGAUCUUAGCCGAUCUCGAAAACAAGAACGUCGAAGACCCCUACAUUGUCACGGAGUCCAAGGAGAUCCAGUGGGCCGUGAAUUACGAGCGGGAGAACACCGUUCCAUGGUCCAUGCUCUUGCGCGGCAAGGCUGGCCCGAACGGUGGUACUUGCACCAUUCGGCGACUGCUGCUCGGAAUGGGAACGCAAGCGAUGCAGCAGUUUUCCGGCAUCAACGUGACGUCUUACUACCUGCCUUACGUUUUGAUACGAUCGGUUGGCCUUGACGAGAAGCUCGCGCGCCUACUGGCGGCUUGCAAUUCUGUCAGUUAUCUGCUGUUCAGUCUGAUUGGUAUACCGAACGUAGAACGAUGGGGUCGGAGAAAGAUGAUGAUGUAUGCCGCCUUUGGACAGUUCUUUUGCUACAUGAUCAUUACUAUCUGCAUUCGCUAUAAUGAAGACCCUUCGAUCGGGCAGGGGGCGAAUAGGCAAUGGGCCACGGCUUCCAUCGCAUUCUUCUUCCUGUACUACGUCUUCUUUGGAAUUGGCUGGCAGGGGGUGCCUUGGCUUUACCCAACUGAGAUAAACUCGCUGAGCAUGCGAACCAAGGGCGCCGCCCUUGGCACGGCGACCAACUGGAUUGUCAACUUCCUCGUCGUCGAGAUCACGCCAAUCGGUAUCGCCUCCAUCGGCUGGCGCUUCUACAUCAUCUGGACCGUCUUCAACUUCUCAUUUAUCCCCAUCGUCUAUUUCUUUUACCCCGAGACUGCCGAUCGCACUCUGGAGGACAUCGACCACUUUUUCCAGGAGAACCAGAAGAUCCUGAUCCAUCGUGAUCGCGACGCCAAGUCCUCCAAGCGACCAGCGCGCUACGUUGAGCGCGAGCGUGAGGAGGUCAGGCGCAGUAGUUCGGUCGUGCCGGCUGAUGUGCAGCAUAUGGUCAACAUGCGUAGUGUGGCUGCGCGCGCGAAUGCGGGGGCUGGGGAUGAAGAGAAGGGGCUUGCGACCCAUGUGGAGAGGUAG